AUGCCAAAAACUCCACGACGGAAGAAACUGUCACAAAAAGCAGGAAAUUUAGAAGGACGACGAUUGAAUGAAAGUUUUCACUCUGAAAAUUUGGAAAGUUCCUCAAGUGAAGAUGAAACAGUAAUAAUUAAUCCAGAUGACGACACAGAUCGCAUUGACUUCAAAAGUCCAACAAUAUUAAAUGAUUUAACAGACCUGUACACAUUUUGUCAAAGUCAGCUAAACACGCGUUUUCUCACUACUUUGCUCUCCACUUCACUUCGUUAUUUGGGACACUCAUGGAGAGAGACUGAUGCAUUUCUGAAAGAAAUUGAUGGAAUGACAUGUAGAACAGCUCACAAAUGGGCAAAUAUUUUAGUGAACGGUGACUUUGAUGAAUGCACAAAAGACGAACGAGGUGGAAAGCGAGGAGAUUCAUUUUGGGAUUGCUAUCCGGACCUGGAACUCGAAGCUAAGCAAUUUACUUUGGAAGAAUGUUCAAAAAAAGAGGCAUCGUUUAUGGCAGACCAUGAUGAAUCGACUUAUAAAAGCGGUGAAAUUUCAGCAAAACGUUGGAUUAUGAAGGACAACGCGCCUUUUUAUAAUAAAGGACGUGGCAGAAGUAUCAUGUCAUCGGAUUUUCUCGUCAUGCACAAAAGCGGUCCAUUUUUUCGGCAACUAAAGCAUUCAAUUCUGGAAGUUUGA